UGUCUGUACUGUAAAGAUGGGCAGUGUGCGUGUCUCGCGGUUGCCAUAGUAACCACCGUGUGUAUAUUUUGGCUACACUGAAACAAUACAGGAGGCGGUUUUAGCUAACAGCUUAUGCAACGCAUUUUAUCUAAAUAUAUUCUGGUGGUUGCGUUAAUGUUGCUCGGCCAGUCGUAUUACAAUGCCGCGUCCGAAGUAUUUUACACCAAAUGAAGUGUCCGUGCACAAUUCAAUAGGAGACCUGUGGGUAUCGUAUCUGGGUAAAGUUUACAACUUGACACCUUUGCUUCAAGAAUACAAAGGCGAUGUACUUUUGAAACCGAUUAUUGAAUCUGCGGGCAAGGACAUCAGUCACUGGUUUGACCCCAAAAUGAAAGAUAUUAUUACCCAUGUUGACCCUUUAACUGGCUGUGUGAAGUAUUACACCCCCAGGGGGCGCUUUCUGCAUGUGCCCCCCAUAUGCCCAUGCACUGACUGGGCCAAUGAUUUUGGGAAGCCUUGGUGGAAAGACAUGCGCUACGAAGUUGGCAUUCUGACAGCCAAGGCACGUUGGAUUCGCAUCAUCAACACACUCAGUGCCCAGGAACAGAGGCUGGAGAGUUGUUUUGAGAAUACCGAAUCGCUCCCGCCCUCCACUUUGGCUCCUCUCCUCUUAUCUGUAAGCACAGUAACACUCUACAGUAUGCAAAAACUGAAAGAAAUUCCAGAAAUGAUGAGGAAGAAGAUGAUUGAAAUACAUCAGUCUGGGAAGGGUUACAAAGCUAUUUCAAAGGCUCUGGGAUUCCAAAGAACCACAGCGAGAGCAAUUAUCUCCUAAUGGAAAAACUCGGCACAGUUUUACUCCAAGUGCACAGCAACUACUCAUUCAGCAAGUCACAAAAGACCCAAGGACAACAUCAAAGUACCUACAGGCUUCUCUUGCAUCAAUAAAAUUCACUGUUCAUGACUCCACUAUCAUAAAGACACUGUUCAAAAAUGACAUCCAUGGAAGAAUGGCAAGAAACCACUGAAACCAGUGAAAACCACUGCUAACCCAGAAGAACAUUAAGCCUUGUCUGAAAUUUGCCAAAACACACCUUGAUGAUCCUCAGACCUUUUGGGAGAAUGUUCUGUGGGUUGAUGAGUCGAAAGUGGAACUGUUUGGAAGGCAGCAGUCCCGUUACAUCUGGCGUAAACCAAACACAGAAUUCCACAAAAAGAACAUCAUACCUAUGGUCAAGCAUGGUGGUGGAAGUGUGAUGGUGGGGGGAUGCUUUGCUGCUUCAGGGCCUGGGCAACUUGCAAUAAUUGAGGGAAACAUGAAUUCUGCUUUCUACCAGAAAAUCCUAAAGGAGAAUAUCCGGUCUUCGGUCCGUAAAUUGAAACUCAAGCACAACUGGAUUAUGCAGCAAGACAAUGCUCCAAAGAAUAGGAGUAAAUCCUAGUUCUAGAAGUAAGUGAAAGGCUGAUCUCCAGUUAAUCGGAAAUGUUUGGUUGCAGUUAUUGCUGCUAAAGGUGGCACAACCAGAUUUUAAGUUUAAAGGGGCACUUUUUUCACAUUGGUGAAAGGUGUUGGAGUUUUUUGCUUCAAUAAAAAAAUAAUUAAAAAGUGUAUU